AUGUCGGAGGAAACUGAUGUCGUGGAGCCUGAGGUUGAGCAAACCGAAGAGGAUGAUGAGCCCCAAAGUCCUCAAGCUAAGCAGCCUAGGCAGAUGUUUAGGCCACCUGGGAUGCCUCCAAUUGGUUAUCGUGGCCCAUCUAUGCGUGGACCUCGUCCUAUGGGCAUGAGGGGUGGUCCGCCUGGUAUGCGUCCCCCAGGAAUGCCAGGAUAUCGAGGUCCACCAAGGCCUUUCGAUGGUCCACCGCGACCACCUUUUGACAUGUCUCAUAGGGGGCCGCUUAGAUAUCCCCCACAGCGUUACCCUCCAAGAUUGAGUGACUCGGAUCCUAGUGGUGAGAAUAUCGAAGGCUAUUUUGAUCAGGAUUGCUACCCAGACGACUUCCAGCAGAUGCCACCGGGAAUGCGGCCCCGUGGUCCGCCACACGCAAGGGGUUAUGGGCCACCUCCUGGAUCUUAUAUUGGUGGGCCCCCGUGUCCAAGACCAAUGAUGAAUGGUGGGCCAAAUGGACCGGAAAUGGGGUUACCUGGCUAUGGGCCUCCUAGGCCGGGUGUACCAAAUUAUAUGCCGCCUCCCAGGAGUGUGCCUCCACCAGGGGUCAGCUACCCCCCACAGUCUCCAAAUGCUCAAGGAGUUAAUUCCUUUGACGGUCAAUCAGGACCACAACCUGGUACCGUACCUCCGCAUCAGUAUGGCAUACCAUCUCAAUCCGGUGUUACACCUAAUGGGGAUAUGCCAGCACCAAAUCAGGAGCUUGAUGUAUCCUCUCCGAGACACGGUGGUUCCUCAAAUGUUCCACCGCCAGGCGGACCUCUAUUGCCGUCCGGCCCACCACCUGAAAGCGACACUCAAUCUGGUAAUAUGUCGGCAAAUUCAAUGCAGCCAUAUGCAAUGCCUCCCUACGGUCCUCCACAAAACGUUUAUCAAUCAGGAUUGCCACCGAUGCAAAAUGGACCACCUUUCAUGCCAAUGGGUUUCCCACCAUCAGUUCCACCAAUGAUGCAUGUCGGACCCAUGGGAAUGUAUAGUAUGCCUCCACCUGGGCAGCAUAACGCGCCACCUGGAAGUUUUCCUAGCGGGUCUGGUGCUCCUCCACACUUGUCUGGCCAGCCUCCACUGCAAUCAAUAGGUGGAUCGACCUCAUCUAUCAACAAUAAAGAAGAAAUAUGGGUUGAAAAUGCGGCUGCAGAUGGCAAGGUUUACUACUACAAUAUGCGCACCCGCGAAACUCGUUGGGAUCGUCCUGAAAAUGUCACGAUUCUUCGACAAGGUGAAGUCGAUAAGCCAAGUAUGCCAGCUCAAUCCAGUAAUCUUCAAGCUGCUCCGGUCAUUUCUCAGUCAUCGAGCUUUCCGAUUCAGGCAAACCCUUUACCUAUAAAGCCACCCGAGGUAGCCGUCUGGACUGAGUAUCAAAGCGGUGACGGAAAAUCAUAUUAUCACAACAGUCGUACGGGACAAACAACCUGGGAUAAGCCGCAGGUUCUAGUAGAUUGGGAGAGUGGACACAAAAUAUCGGGCGACUCUGAACCCGUGCCGUUGGACACUUCGGCUCCAGUCACGGAAGUUCGUGAUAAGUCCACUCCUGGUUCGGGCAACGGCUUGCCAUCGGAGACCAAACUCUUACAAGGCCAACAAGUAAUGUCAACAGAAAAAAAACAAACUGACCCUCCUACCCGACAACAGCAGCCUGUGGAGGACCAUAUGUUGGAACCUGAGAAAGAAAAAGAGCCCGAACAGAGGGAUGCCAGUCGACCAAUUUCAAGUACUGCUGUGACUGGAACGCCGUGGUGUGUAGUGUGGACUGGGGAUAGUCGUGUGUUCUUCUUCAAUCCAAGUAAACGGAUCAGUGUUUGGGAGACGCCUGAGGAACUAAAAGGUCGCGCGGACGUAGACCGUCUGCUUGAGAAACCCCCCAACGAGAGCAAGGAUGCUGGUGACGUUGAAACUGAGAGGAAUGACACAUCGAGUGUGCAAGAUCCUCCGGCCAAAAAAGCACGAAUGGAAGAAGUCAGCCAGAAUCAGCAGCAAAUUUCUGUUCAGGAGUCAUUUUCAAAGUCUGAGCUGGUGACAACUGUCGACGAUGAAGCAAAAUCUCAGACCCGCGACCCCGCUACUGUGGAUGUGGCGAAGGAAGCGUAUGAAAAGGCCGCAAAAGAUCAGGCUAGUCUGCCUCUUGAAGUUCGCCUUCAGCAAUUUCGCGAAAUGCUGAUUGAUAAACAGGUAUCAGCUUUUUCCACGUGGGACAAGGAGUUGCACAAGAUAGUAUUUGACCAACGUUAUCUCCUUCUCACCUGCGAAGAAAGAAAGCAAGCAUUUGAGGCCUAUGUUAGGGAACGCGCGGACGAAGAACGCCGUGAGAAAAAGAACAAACUACGCGAAAAAAAGGACAAGUUCAAUGAACUCCUUGUCGAGGCCAAUCUUACCUCUAAGUCGUCCUUCUCGGAUUUUGCCUCCAAAUAUGGACGUGAUGAAAGGUUCAAGGGCAUAGAAAAGUCUCGUGAAAGAGAGUCUCUCUUCCAAACCUUCCUUUUGGAUUUGCGUCGCCGAGAGAAGGAGAAAAGCAACCAAAAGGAAAAGCACAGCAACCAAAUUAACGGGCGAUUAGUUUCCGGGAAAAGCAGCGUCAGCGACCACCCGCAUGAGGCAGACAGAAAACUGAUGCUUGGGUUGGUGGUGAAGCACGCACGUGGGCCACAGAGCACCUCUGUGCUUUCGGAGGCCGUGAACCCCGCCACUCCGAAACUUCCGACUGUACGUGACUCCUCAUCUGUGCCUGCUUGGAAGUCACUCGCUCCCGUUGGCAGGCAAUUCGACUGCCCCCCAUCAAUACAGGAGGCCAUGUUUUUUGCUAUAGAUGGUUCGCCCUUCCUAUUACAGGUAAAAAUUGACUUCGUUAGUCUCCUAAAAGAGCGAAAGUCAAUUUCGAGGCACUCACGUUGGUCUGAUGUCAAGAAAAAGAUUGACUCAGACUCGCGAUAUCGAGCUGUUGACUCCUCUAGCCGUCGUGAAGAGUGGUUCCGAGAGUACAUUCGGAAACUCGAUGAUGUAAGCUACGGCACUUCUCGUGAGGACAGUGAAAAGCGGAAGGAACGUGAGAAGCGUGAGCGUCAGGAGGCCUCAUUGCGUGAACGUAAGAAAGAAGUGGAGGAAGCCCGUACCAACUCGAUGAGAGAACGGGAUCGCGAACGUGAGUCCCACCUACGCAGGGAGGCGGAAGCAAGUUUCAAUGCCCUUCUCACAGACGUCAUCAAGGCUGAUAUGCUGUCUUGGAAGGAGGCUAAAAAGGCUUUACGCAAAGACUCCCGUUGGGAUGCCGUAGCUGACGUUCUUUCCAGGAGCGAACGUGAAGCUAUCUUUGAUUCAUACACGACCAGUCUCAACAAAAAAUCAAAAGAAGCCUUUAUUAAAAUGAUCAAUAGCAAUGACUCAAUUACAUAUUGGACUACUUGGAAGGAGGUAAAGGAUAUCCUCAAGGAUGACUCGCGUUUCGAAAGGCUUUUAUCAUGUGAGAAAAAAUGGAAGUCGGAAUUCCGUGAAUGGGCCGAUGAACGUGAGUCCAAAGCAAGAAACAACUUUACAGAGAUGCUGAAGGAAAAGUCUUCAUUGAUUUCAUCGGCAAAACGCCAGUCUUCUGAAAAUGAUACUCUUCUAGACGAUAUUUUAAGUACUCUCAAGGCCGAUAUUCGUUACAGAGCAAUGGAACCGAGUCAGUGUGCUACCAUGCUGGAGGAAUUUUUAGAACGCCUCCCGGAUUCUGAUUCUCGGUAG